UAAAGGCGGGAGGGUGCAGGGCGAAGUGGCGGGAGAAGCGACCUGCGCGGAGAGGUGGCCCAAAGGGUCCCCUCCCGUCACGGGGUGCACGGGCAGAGGUCUUUAUACACCUGGAAGGAGAGAAAUGUCCAGACGCAGUAGCCGGUUGCAAGCUAAGCAGCACCUCCAGCCCAGUCAGCCAGACUCCCCUCAAGAAGCCCAGGUAGUGCCGGGCAAGAAGAGGAAAGCAGCCCAGGAUGCCAAAAAAAAGAACGAAGAGGUCGCCAAGAAACAACAGUAUGAGAUUAGGAAUUGUUGGCCACCUGUGUUAUCUGGAGGGAUAAGCCCUUGCAUUAUCAUUGAAACGCCACACAAAGAGAUAGAGACAAGGGAUUUGUCCAGAUUUACAAAUUACAGAUUUAAAAACUUUUUCAUUAAUCCUUCACCUUUACCCGAAUUAAGCUGGGGAUGUUCAAAUGAUGUUUGGCUAAACAUGUUAAAGAAAGAGACCAGAUACAUUCAUGACAAACAUUUUGAAGUUCUUCAUUCUGACUUGGAACCACAAAUGAGGUCAAUACUUCUAGACUGGCUCUUAGAGGUUUGUGAAGUAUACACACUUCAUAGGGAAACAUUUUAUCUUGCACAAGAUUUUUUUGAUAGAUUUAUGUUGACACAGAAGGAUAUAAAUAAAAAUAUGCUUCAACUCAUUGGAAUUACCUCAUUAUUCAUUGCUUCCAAACUUGAGGAAAUCUAUGCUCCUAAACUCCAAGAGUUUGCUUAUGUUACUGAUGGUGCUUGUAGUGAAGAUGAUAUCUUGAGGAUGGAACUCAUGAUAUUGAAGGCUUUAAACUGGGAACUUUGUCCUGUAACAGCCAUCUCCUGGCUGAAUCUCUUCCUUCAAGUUGAUGCUCUUAAAGAUGCUCCUAAAGUUCUUCUACCUCAGUAUUCUCAGGAAAAGUUCAUUCAGAUAGCUCAGCUUGUAGAUCUCUGUAUUCUAUCCAUUGAUUCCUUAGAGUUCCAGUACAGAAUACUGGCUGCUGCUGCCUUAUGUCAUUUUACCUCAAUAGAAGUGGUUAAGAAAGCCUCUGGUUUGGAAUGGGACAACAUUUCAGAAUGUGUGGGCUGGAUGGUGCCUUUUGCCAAUGUUGUAAAAAAUGCCAGUCCAGCAAAGCUCAAAAUUUUCAAGAAAGUUCCCAUGGAAGAUAGACACAAUAUCCAGACACAUACAAAUUAUCUGGUUAUGCUGGAUGAAGUAAAUUAUACAAAUACCUUCAUAAAGAGGGGACAGUUGUCACCGGUAUGCAGUGGAGGGAUUAUGACACCACCUAAAAGCACUGAAAAGCCUCCAGGAAAACACUAAAGAACUGGGGGAGGGGGAACCUGGAACUAUGUAUCGGGUAAAAUUUCAUAGAACUGAACUCAAGUAUUUCCAUGGUAAUAGUGCUAUGACCAUCCUAAUCAAUUCAGAAGUUUCACUGCCAUUCUACAAUGUUUUUUUUUUAAAAAAAAAAAUGGCACUGAGGAAAAAAUGAAAUUUAGGUUUAUUCUUGCUAGC